AUGGAUCCCAACACGCUCAGACAUCUCGAGUACUUCUCAGUACCCAAUCAUCAGACGGUCAAUCCCGUUGACCAAUCUUACACCUUGCCAGGGUCUUCCUCUGCGCAGCCAGCGACACUAUGGGGCACCGCGCCAUCAUUGGAAGCCAGCCAUUCUGGCAUGAACUCGACGGCACCGACGACUAUGUCCCUUGACUCCCUCCCACAACCUUCUCCAGCAACCGCUUUCACUGGCAUGUCCGCUCAUCCUUCCAUGACCCGACGGCCCUCCAUGUACGGAAGUCAAUCCGGAAUUUCGUCCUCGAGAGCGUCCAGAACCCGGGAAGGCCAUGAAAAGAAACGAACAAGGCUGAACCCGGAGCUAUCGCCUUUUGAUGAGCCGGACUACUGGUUGCAGUUCGACAAUGACGACAACUUCGAUGAGCUUUCAGAGGUUACCGAGCCCUCUCACCAGGACCAUCAAGGGAAAGGAAGAGCCCCGCAGCUGUCCCAACAACAACAACAGCAGCAGCAGCAGCAACAGCAACAACAAUCACAACAACAACGACGUCAGAGCACGGCACACUCAAUAGCAACAACGGCCCCCACUCGCCGGAGAACUGCUGGUACGCUAAAAUCCGAGGAAUACAUGGAUGACAGCGCCUUGGAUAAUGCUCUAUCGGAGGAUGAGCGGGCGAUGUCCCUGAACCUGGCUGAGCAGCUUUCCAAAGUAGAUACAGCUCCACCGCAGGAGGUACCGCCGCGUGAAGGUCUCUACUCGACACCCCUUAGCUGGGAGCGCCCACAACCCGGCCUCAGAAUGGACUCCCUAAUAGGACUCAACCAACAAGCCCUGAACGAGGCCGAACAACGACGACUGAUUGCGAUUGCCAUGAACCCCGGACCCAGCAUGGGAGGACUCGGCUCCAACAUCAGCCUCAACUUUGGGAGUAUGGCAACCGGGUUCAACUCGGGAUUUGGCUCAAGUUAUGGAUGUUCAUCGAUGGGCGGUGGUCAGAUGUCGAAGCCUGUAUCGCCGCCGCGAGCGAGCACGUCAUCCCAGUCCAGACCGGUACCACCGAGACCACCCCAGAGGCAGGGCAGCAUAAGCGAAAAGUCGAGCGACAAGAUGAGUGUUGCCGACAAGAACAGAAAGGCGGCAGAGGAAAAGCAUAGGGCUGGUGAUCGGACGGCUCAUAAUGAUAUCGAACGAAAAUAUCGGACGAAUCUCAAGGAUAGAAUCGCUGAGCUGCGAGACGCGGUUCCUGCGCUUCACUCAAUGGAGGCCGGAGGAGUGGAGGAUGACGUGUCGCAAAAUUCGAGAGCGCCCAAAGUCAGCAAAGGAACAAUUCUCACCAAAGCGACCGAAUACAUACAUCAGCUCGAGCGGAGGAACAAGCAAAUCACCCAGGAGCACCGCGAGCUCGCGAAAAAACUGCAGGCGUUCGAGCAACUGCUCAAUCACACGGCCGUGACGGCGUACCAGAUGCCCACGUAUAGCAGUACCUUGUUCGAUCCUAGAGGAUUCUGCUAA